GUUGGUGGCACAGCUGAGCGACAGACAGGACACAAUGGCUGAGGGCAAGCAGCACCUGUCUAUUGUCAUCUGCGGCCAUGUGGACUCUGGCAAGUCCACCACCACCGGUCGCCUGCUCUUCGAGCUGGGUGGUAUCCCCGAGCGUGAGCUGGAGAAGCUGAAGGAGGAGGCCGCUGCCCUGGGCAAGUCUUCCUUCGCCUUUGCCUUCUACAUGGAUCGCCAGAAGGAGGAGCGCGAGCGUGGUGUCACCAUCUCCUGCACCACCAAGGAGUUCUUCACGGAGAAAUUCCACUACACCAUCAUCGACGCCCCGGGCCAUCGCGAUUUCAUCAAGAACAUGAUUUCCGGUGCCGCCCAGGCCGACGUGUGCCUGCUGAUGGUCCCCGCCGACGGUAACUUCACCACCGCCAUCCAGAAGGGCGACCACAAGGCGGGCGAGAUCCAGGGGCAGACCCGCCAGCACGCGCGCCUGCUCAACCUGCUGGGCGUCAAGCAGCUGAUUGUGGGCAUCAACAAGAUGGACUCGGACACCGCCGGCUACAAGCAGGAGCGCUACAACGAGAUUGCGGCUGAGAUGAAGCACAUGCUUGUGCGCGUGGGCUGGAAGCCCGACUUUGUCGAGAAGAGCGUCCCCAUCCUGCCCAUCUCCGGCUGGAUGGGCGACAACCUGAUCAAGAAGUCCACCAACAUGACCUGGUGGUCUGGCUGCGACGCCCUGGCCGUGGACGGCGCCAAGAUCCACAUCGAGACCCUGCUGGACGCCCUCAACGGCUUCGUGCAGGUGCCCGAGCGCAAGCUGGACGCCGCCCUGCGCCUGCCCAUCUCCGGCAUCUACAAGAUCAAGGGUGUGGGUGAUGUGCUGGCGGGCCGCGUGGAGCAGGGCAUUGUCAAGCCCGGCGAUGAGGUCAUCUUCAUGCCCACCCACACCGCCGCCAACAAGUGCGAGGGCAAGGUGUUCACCGUGGAGAUGCACCACAAGCGCGUGGACAAGGCCGGCCCCGGCGACAACGUGGGCAUGAACAUCAAGGGCCUGGACAAGGGCAACAUGCCCCGCACCGGCGACGUGAUGAUCCUGAAGAGCGACGCCACCCUGAAGCAGGUCAAGGACUUCACCGCCCAGAUCCAGACCCUGGACAUCCCCGGCGAGGUCAAGGCCGGCUACUCCCCCAUCGGCUUUGUGCGCUGCGGCCGCUCCGCGUGCCGCAUCACCGGCAUCAACUGGAAGGUGGGCAAGGAGACUGGCGGCAAGAAGCUGGAGGCCCCCCACAGCCUCAAGGCCAACGAGAUGGCGGAGGUUGUGUUUGAGCCCUGCCAGCCGCUGGUGGUGGACAGCUUCAAGAACUGCGAGGGCCUGUCCCGCAUCGCCUUCCUGGACGGCAACACCGCCGUCAUGCUUGGCAAGGUGGUGAAGACCACCUCCAAGUGAGGCGCCUGACGCACGGCGGCGGCGCCGGCCCGGGGCCUCCGUGCCAGCCCUGCCGCCGGCAGCAGCAGCAGCAGCAGCAGCAGCAGCCAGGUGCACCACUGGAGAGCCACCUCAGCAGCCCCUCUUUCUCUUUCAUGGAGUUAUCAGGUCAGCGUUCCGCAGCACCACCUUUGUGCAGCACAGCAGCAGGCGCAGGAGACGGUACUACACGCCUCGGGGUUCCUCAGUGGGUCGGCUCGCCUGUGCCUGCCUUCCUGUGUUUCGAGCCAUAGCGUGUCCCGGGGCGCGGGCCUCUUGCCCCCCAGCUGUAACCAACCGACAAAC